AUGCGUGUACUAAACGGGGGGGACCUAAAUGCCCUCUUUUUGAAAGAGAGAAAAAACCCUAAUUUUUUAAGAUCCGAUACGAUACCCCUAUCAUUCUUCGUUCCCCAAUUGUGCCCUUCCCUGCCCUUUUUCUCUGCCGUUCCCUCAGCCCUCUUUCAGGUUCCUUUAGCCUUUUGUUCUUGGAACUGCCAGUUCUUCCCCGAAUUUGGUGUUUCUUAUCGCGUGAUCCUUUGGGAUUUUGACUAUUUGAUGUUUCUUAUCUUGUGGAUUCGAGAGUUCUUCUGA